UUUUCUUGUGGAGAAGCUGGCUAAGUCCACGUGUCAUACCAGCGAGUGAAAGUUGGUAAACUUGCCAAAAUUUGUUGACUUGGCACGAUAUAUCCAAUCAACAGCCUCGUACUGAACAAAAUCACUCUCUCGUCGUACGAAGUGUUGUUUGAAAGGCGAUCGGCAAUUGGUCAAUUCUGGCAAGCCCCUUGGAACCGCGUUUUGAUUGGUCAAUCAAUGAUAAGGUGCAUGUGCACCUGUACCCCACCAACAGCAGAAAUUUCUACACCGCCACGUCAGCUUAGGGCCAGAUUCUCCCCGGAUGCCGACACAUAAAUUUGACAGUGAUCUUGGUAGGAUUCUUCAUUUUAGAGAAAUUUAACGUGGAGUUUUCCGUGCAAGAGGUCGAGAAAUUUCCAACUCUCGGAAAAGCCCGUACAAAACUUUGGAAACUUUUGAGCAAUAGCGUGAUUUCUUUGUGUCAAGUUUUGAAAGUGUUCACCCAUUCGUAUCAUCGCAUUCACUAUGAAGAAAUUUUUGUUAGCUUACGUUGUUGCCCUCAUCGUAUCAGCUGUCGUGUGUAAACCCAAUGAGGGAAGUAGCAGAGUGAGGCAAGAGGCCAAACUGAGUGAGAAAUCUCAUUUUGAUGAACAUGGCAAUCACAAUCCUGACUAUGAUCAUGAUGCCUUCCUUGGCGAGAAGGAGGCCAAGAAAUUCGCCAACCUGACACCAGAACAGAGCAAAGAGAAAUUAGGGCAACUAUUUGAUCGGUUAGACACCAAUCACAAUGGAUCAAUCAGUGAAUCAGAGCUAAGAGCUUGGAUUGAAAUUCAAACUAAUUCUGUACUAUAUGAAGAGCUCGACAGGCUAUUCGGUGCACACAAUCUCAAUGGCGAUGACCUUUUGACGUGGGAAGAAUACAACAUUACUACUUACAGUGGACUGCCAUUGGAGAAACUGAUUACAAUGCAAGAAGAUAAAACCCUUGACUUCCGGAAGAAAGUACGACAGGACAAAGCUCGUUGGGCUGUAGCUGACCAGAACAGAGACGAGGCUUUGGAUAAGGAUGAGUACAUGGCAUUUGAAUGGCCGAGGGAAAAACCGCAUAUGAAGAAUAUUGCUAUUGAUGAGACCUUAGAGGAUAUGGAUAAGAAUGGCGAUGGUUUUGUGGACAUUGAUGAGUAUAUUAAUGACCUUUGGGACGGUCAAGGCGAGAUUCCUGAUUGGGUAGAGGCAGAACGCAAAGGGUUUGGCGAGUAUAGAGACAAAGAUGGUGAUAACAGACUAAACCAUGAGGAGGUUGGGGACUGGAUCAUGCCAACUCAUUACGACCCCAUUCUAUCAGAGGCUAAACAUCUUAUGUAUGAGUCAGAUGAUAACAAGGACAAGGAACUUACAAAGGAUGAGAUGAUCAAAAAUUUUAAACUUUUCGUCGGAAGCAGGGUAACAAACUUUGGCGAACUUAGGCAUGAUGAAUUCUGAUGCCCUUCAUCGACCCUUCAAACUAUUUAAAUAAAGUGAACUAUUUUAUUACAUUUGGAUGAAAAGAACUAUGCAAGAAAUUCUUCACAUUUUGGUGCUACUAUUUUUGUCUACUAUGCAAUAUUGUCAUUUUAAGUCUUGUAGUUAUGUGUAUGGAAUUGUCUUGAGAAUAAUUUUCAUCAAUUCAGUCAUGUCAGAAAGAGUAUUCUCUUAUUUUACCUAAA